UAGCUACCACUAUCCACCACCAGCAGCAAAAGCUAGCUCAGGAAAAAAAAAAAAACCGUUCAACUAUCUGUUGCAUUAUGAAUUCCACUUCUCUCCAUUCCUCAAAAUCUAUAUAUAACUAGCGGAGUUGAGUGUAGUAGCUUCACACACGAUCGAUCAGUCAAGGUCAGCAAUGGCGCUCGCAAGCUCCCUCCUGACCGUGGCGGCUCUUGGAGCCGUCCUGCUGCUCGCCGACCCGGCCGGAGCCGCCGGAAAGACCGGCCAGGUGACCGUCUUCUGGGGCCGGAACAAGGACGAGGGCUCCCUCCGCGAGGCCUGCGACUCGGGGCUCUACACCAUGGUCAUCAUGUCCUUCCUCAACGUCUACGGCCACGGCAAGUACAGCCUCGACCUCUCCGGCCACCCCAUCGCCGGCGUCGGCGACGACAUCAAGCACUGCCAGUACAUCGGCGUCCCGGUGUCGCUCUCCAUCGGCGGCUUCGGCAGCGGCUACUCGCUGCCGUCCAACCGCUCGGCGCUGGACCUCUUCGACUACCUCUGGGACGCCUACCUCGGCGGGUCCAGGGCGGGCGUCCACCGCCCCUUCGGCGACGCGUGGCUCGACGGCGUCGACCUGUUCCUGGAGCACGGCACGGCGGCGGACCGGUACGACGUGCUGGCGCUGGAGCUCGCGAAGCACAACAUCCGCGGCGGGCCCGGGAAGCCGCUGCACCUGACGGCGACGCCGCGGUGCGCGUUCCCGGGCAGCGGCUACCUGGGGCGCGCGGUGGCGACGGGGAUCUUCGAGCGGAUCCACCUCCGGAUCUACGACGACGGCGACUGCGAGGCGUACUGGCACCUGGCGUGGGGCAAGUGGACGGCGGCGUACCCGGCGACGCGGUUCUACGUGGGGAUGACGGCGUCGGAGACGACGAACGGGUGGGUGCACCCGAAGAACGUGUACUACGACGUGGCCCCGUCCACCCAGAAGGCCGACAACUACGGCGGCUUCAUGAUCUGGGACCGCUACUACGACAAGCUCACCAACUACACCAGCAUCGUCAAGUACUAUGCCUGACGCCCUAUGAUGGAUCCAUUCACUCAUCUCUACCUAGUGCUGUCUGCCUAUCGCUCCUAUCGCCUCGAUCUCCUCCACCCGUCGAUCGUGUCUAUGCGUGUGGUUCCAACAAAGAAUAAAAGUGAAGAAAUAAACGUGUAUAUCUUGAUAUAGUAUGGUUGGCUGUCGCUCCUUUUCUUUGUCUUGGUGGACAUCAUGCCUCUAGUUGGGAAUCUUGGGAUAGAUAAAAGGGGUGAAAGUGGUAAUGGAAAUUAUCUCAUAUCGUUUCCAAAUAUCAUUGACCGAAGUAAAUAAAAAUGAGUUGGCAGAAAUGGUAAAUAGUAUAGAAAUAGUUUUGCUAUUUACCGACCGUUUUGUUGGUAGACAGUAUUAUUCUACUAACUACUGUUUAUGAAUAUGAAAAAAUACCAUUUUUUUCUUACAAGCCCCACGCCCAACCCAAAAACAAAAUACUCAACUAUAAUUCCUACUCCCACGACGU